CAUCGAGAACAGCAAACUUUCAAUCCCGUCUUUGUGUGCUCCUUUCACAGUCCUUCAUGCGCGAAGAGCACUGUGUUUUUACUUUAAAGCAUCGCAGGCUUGUCUCCGACCAUACUGCUUCAAAUUUUCCUCCAUGCCGUUUACGAAAUUGAUGCAUUUUUCGCAAACACGCAACUGCGACACAAGACCACCAUGAUAGCAACCUUACUACAUUUCGAUUCUUGACGAGGUUACGCGCAAGAUAUUUUGAUUCAUACAUCUGAUCUCAAGCACCAAGGACUCUCUUUGAUCAGUUCCAGCUUCGUCAAAGAGACCACCAUGUGUGGGAUCUAUUGCGAGAUCAGGGCGCAAGAGCCCAUUACACCUAGCCAUGAAAUGGAGCUGCUCCUCAGACAACGUGGCCCCGAUCAUUAUGGCUGCAUACACGAGAGCCUCAUUGAUCCAAAUGAAACAGCUCCUGGUCUGAUCCGCAUGACCUUCGCAGCAUCAGUUCUCGGACUUCGUCACGAUGAAGAUGAUAAGCCUGUCCUCCAGCCGCUCGAGUUAUCUGGUGAUCUCGGUUGGCUUUGCUGGAAUGGUGAGGCAUGGAAAUAUGACGGGAAACGAAUUGCUGGAUCUGACACGCGAUUUAUUGCCGAAAGGUUGAGUGAAGUCUCAGGCGUUGCGCAAGACUUACACAAGAAAACAAUACAGAUUCUAAGUAAAAUACGAGGGCCUUUUGCAUUCGUUUACUUUAGCCGACCGAAUAGUCGCCUGUAUUUUGGACGAGAUUACGUGGGUCGAAGAUCACUCCUUUGGAGCAGGGAUCAAAAUGGCUCGCUUUUCUUGUCCAGUGUAGCAAUGAAGACAAUAUCUGCACAUUGGGAAGAGGUAGAAGCGGACGGCAUCUACUCUCUGGAAAUCACUAAAGCCCUCUUAUCAGAUUUCCAUGCCGGCUAUUUGACAUCUUUUGCGAGCAGAACUCCCUACGUGUUAGCCGCUGACGAAGAGGAAGGAUCUAUCACAGUGCCAUGGUCGUGCAUAAAUACAGCUUUACCACCUCUUGUAAACGAUGCAGCUCUUUCUACAGCCAUCUUAUCACGAUUACAUGAGAAUUCAUGUGCGGUAUCGUCUCUACUUAAAGUUCUUACCGCGUCCAUAGAGCUGAGAUUACCAGACCGUCUCAAUCUCAAACACCCACCAGUUGCAAUUUUAUUCUCCGGGGGACUUGACUGCACUCUACUGGCACGCCUAGCGCAUGAAUGUCUGCACCAUGACACGAUGAUCGAUCUCCUUAAUGUGGCAUUCGAGAAUCCACGAGUCCACAAGAAAAUCGGUACUGGUACCUCUCCUUACGAAGCUUGUCCGGACCGCAUCACAGCGCGACAGUCUCUCGCGGAAUUGCGAAAAAUUUGUCCAAACCGAUGCUUCAACCUAGUAUGUAUCAACGUUCCGUUUGAGGAUUCCAUGAGGUUCAGAGGUGAAAUCAGCGCGCUCAUCCACCCUCAUGACACAGAAAUGGACAUUUCGAUAGCUAUGGCUCUUUUUUUCGCUGCAAGAGGUCCGACCCAGAGUAAAUUCUUGCUCAGCGGCUUGGGUGCCGAUGAACUCUUCGGAGGAUAUCAGCGCCACGCCUUAGCUUACAGACGAGGCGGAUAUUCAGCCUUGCUGCAAGAACUUCAGUUAGACGUGGAUCGACUUGGUAAACGUAAUCUUGGACGUGAUGAUAGAGUUAUUUCUCGUUGGGGAAAGGAAGCUCGUUAUCCAUAUCUUGACGAAGGUGUCAUUGCAUGGGCUAUGAACGCGCCAAUCUGGGAAAAGGUAGGGUUUGGUUUUGCGCAAACCGAUAAUGAGGAAGGACUACUUGAACAUGCAGCUUUAGACGAUAAACUCAUCCUGAGAUGCAUAGCCAAAAAACUCGGAAUGGCCAACGUAGCGGAGGAGAAGAAAAGGGCAAUUCAGUUUGGCAGCAGAAGCGCUAAAAUGGAAAGCGGAAGGACAAAGGGUAGCGAGAAGAUUUGCUAAUGCAUCCCUCAUGAUCAAUUAUCAUUUCUGUACGCGGGGCUGGCAAGUUUGCCUGAGCGACCAAGUCCAGUAUGAUCUUAAUAUCGAAUUGUACAUGAGAACAAGGCAAUUCAAUGUCAUUUACGGGUCUCAAGCGGUUACAAAUGCACAUUGACUGCGGAAGUUGUCUCAUCUAGCUUUCUUUUUCGACUGCUAAUCAGAAGUCCAUGGUUGUGUGCAUGAGGUGAAUACGACGUGGUUACAUGAAGAGCUCGAGGAAUUCUCUCGAUUCAUCACGCAUACUCGUUCACAUUGAAAAACUAUAUGGCAAGCAAGAAAUUACGGCCUUGAUGACCCUCUACCUCUAGAGACUGUCAGAAGUGGAUGACUCGUGGUCUAGGUCUUAGACGUCGUUAUUUCUAGGGCACAAGUCCUGUCUGCGUGGGAUUCAGAUCGCGUCAUCCACUGCCUUGGUUUCGAUAAACCUACACUGCAAUGGUCUCUAAUUUUUGUUACUUUGCUUGCAGUAUUUUAUAUGACUAAGUCUUAUCAAAAAAACUCACUGAAUGUAAAAAUAGUGUUUUCUUCCU